AUGGUGGCCAUUACAACCUCAACUAGUCGCCGCUUGAGUGAAAAGCUUCAGCUUCGCAAGGCCAACCUGCGCAAGAGCAAGAGGAAGAACGAACAGGUUCAGAUAUUGGGUCACCGAGGGGCUCUGUUUGAAGGUGUGGAAAACACCCUGGAAGCCUUUCAAAGUUGCUGUGAAUUGGAAGGUUGCGAUGGAGUGGAAUUGGACGUGUUCAAACUGAAGGAUGAAAGUCUGGUGGUCUUUCAUGGCACUGGAGGAGACGAAACACCAGGACUCCUGAAAGAAUACUGUGAAAGCGAAACACCCGCCGAGAGCAUUUUGGACUUGAAUUUUCAUCAAGUCCAGAAACUUGAGUUUGUGGAGGAAUCCGAGCACUUAAUGGCCUCGCAAGAAAUGACCAAGCGAGCUCGCAUUCCAACCCUCCGACAAGUCUUGGAGCUGUUUCGUCAGUAUCCCGACAAGUCAGUCACCAUCGAAUUGAAAGGAGAAGGAACCGAACAACCAACAGUGGAGUUGGUGGAAGACCUACAAAUGACAGACCAAGUCGUUCUCUCUUCCUUUAAGCACGCUCGAGUGCAACAAGUCAAGCAACUGAAUCCCUCUUUGAGGACUGCCGCCAUUUUCAAAGGACAAGUCCCCAGCGAUUAUCUACAACUCGCUUCCAACGCACAAGCCGACGAAGUCCAUCUUCGAUACGAUACCUGCAGUGUGGAACGAGUCCAAGAGGCGCAGCAAGAAGGAUUCCAUGUCAUGGCUUGGUUCCGUGGUCCCAAAGCCAUGAAACAAGAUGUUUCGGAUACUUACGUCGAUGCCGUCAGUGAAACAACCGUCUACGAUAUGGUAUUACAGACUGGGGUCAAUGCCAUUUGUUGUAAUCGACCUCAUGAAGCUGUUGAUUUGGUACAAAAGCAGUAGAGAGAAAGCAAGUUGGAGAGAGCACGACAGAAAAGAGAAAGUAUUUCUGGCGCCUAUUUCUGGCGCCAUCCCCGCGAAAGGAGAAUCACGAGACGCCGAGCUGCAUUCGAUUUUACAAGAGACAAAGAAAGAUCUUUAGCAACCCUGCUAGAGUCUUGCCAGGCUAGCUGGGAGUAAACCACACAACUUAGCGCGCUGCUAGUAGAUUACUUGAGUUACAGUCCAUUUGGUAGCACAAGCUCAACACCAAGGGACAAUUGUGUAGUUCUGGGUACAUGUAUUGUCUGUUUACUCAGCUCCAACCAUCAACGCUGAGGAGCUGUCAAUCCCUGCGAAUCGAAUGAUUCAAUCACUUUGAGGCUCAACCUCUCCCGUUGCGAGCAAGGAUCCUGACACUGGACUUUCUCGACAGCCCCAGCCCAUGCUGAGAGAGCGACAAAAUCACCAGGACGAAAAGGUCCUGGUCUAGAUUGGCGCUUGUUGUUCGAAAAUGACUGAGCACGUGGUCUAGCGUGGUGUCUCACACACCUCGCACGUAUCCGGAUAGCUGGCUCUUGCCAGGCUUCGAUGGGGCUGCUACUAGAGCGAAGCCAAACACUGUGGGGCGUCGUAUGUUGUUGCUUUUCGCUUUUGCCCAAGCCUCAGUCAAGAACUGCUCCAGGUAUACCAUAGGACUAAAAACACUGCAGCUCCGCGGAGUGUCUACUAUAGUAAUUGGCGUAGGUAGCUCAU